ACAUGCCAAAGAUGAUGUCUGAGAACCAAUUCCCCGCAGAGCACAGGUUUCAGAGGCAGCUGUCGGAGCCCUGCCACCCCUUCCCGGACCCUCUCUACGAGCACGGCGGCCCUGGCCUGCCCGCUCCUCCUGGGCACAGCUUCCAGCCCCCCAUGGGCAUCAAGCAGGAGCCCCGGGACUACUGCAUUGACUCAGAAGUGCCUAACUGCCAGUCCUCGUACCUACGGGGGAAUGUCUUCCCCAACAGCCAUGACGGAUUUUCAUAUGAAAAGGACACACGAUUGUAUUUUGAUGACACGUGCGUGGUACCCGAGAGGCUGGAGGGUAAAGUGAAGCAGGAGCCCACCCUGUACCGCGAGGGCCCUCCCUACCAGCGGCGUGGCUCCCUGCAGCUCUGGCAGUUCCUGGUCACCCUCCUGGAUGACCCUGCCAAUGCCCACUUCAUCGCCUGGACCGGCCGGGGCAUGGAGUUCAAGCUGAUCGAGCCUGAGGAGGUAGCACGGCGCUGGGGCAUCCAGAAGAACCGACCAGCCAUGAACUAUGACAAGCUCAGCCGCUCCCUGCGCUACUACUACGAGAAGGGCAUCAUGCAGAAGGUUGCCGGCGAGCGGUACGUCUAUAAAUUCGUCUGUGACCCCGACGCCCUCUUCUCCAUGGCCUAUCCCGACAACCAGCGCCCUUUCCUGAAGACAGAGCCGGACUGCCCAGUGCCCGAGGAGGAGACGGUGCCCCUGACACACUUUGAGGACAGCCCUGCCUUCCUCCUGGAGAUGGAUCCCUGCGGCAGCCUUCCCUACGCGGAGGGCUUCGCCUACUGACUCGGCCGGCUGGCAGAGCCAUUGGCACUAGCGCAUGCACCUGGGGCAAACGCGGUUUUCUAAAGAAUAUUUUUGGCUGUCCAUAAGAGGGGAAAAAAAAAAAAAAAAGGGAAGUAUGAAGAUUAACUCUACAAUGACUUGGUUGCUCUCCCCAUGGUGGCUGCAGUGGCCUGUACCCAUGGGGGAGCAUUUGGUUUGGGGAACCCCACCUUGGGGGACAGGUUUUUAACCAUUUGCUCGGUGUAGCAGGUCUGCAGUGCAGAAGGAGUUAAUCUGAGGACUGAUUUGAAAUAUCUUUAUUCAAGCAGGGCUAUGUAUCUCCUGCAAAGCUGCAUUACAUUCUGUACUGUGUACAAUAAAGGAUCUUGCUUCCUGUUC